GAAAAUAUAUUCCUUUUUAUAAUUUUAGUGGUGAAGAGAACAUGAUGGAGAUGAAAGUUGAGGUGCAAACCUCUGAUGAGGUUGAGGAUGGUGAGGUUGAAGAUUAUGAGAUUGAGGAUAAUGAGGUUGAGGAUGAUAGAGAUGAGGAGUUCAUUAGAGAUAUCUUUACUUACCCAACUUAUUUAUUCACGGAGGAAAAUAUUGCAAAAUUAUAUAAGUUGGAUGUAAUACAUGAUAAGGACUCCAUCGAAUAUGGCAUUGAGGACGAGAGAUUGAAAAGUCGUGAUUGUCCCUUAAGAGAGGAAAGAGAUUUUUGGGAACGAAGUGAUAUUGAACUAACAAUCAAUGAACAAUCUGAACAAGAAGAGCAGGGAUGCUUCUGUUUCUUCUCUCGAAUGUUCAGGAGAUUGUUCAAAAGGAAAUAAAUCACGACUGGUCUAGAAGUAAAUCACGACUAUAACACCUAAAGAGUUGUAAAUCUUUCUUCCUCUAGAACAUGACUUUCAAACAUAACACAACUGUGACUCUUUAACAACUGUGAAUUAUUUUUCCCAAACUCGUCUUUCAAGUAAUUACAUUAUUGUGACUCUUUAACAUCUGCAAAUUAUUUAUCAAGAGUUUGACGUUCAAAUAAUUACACUGAUGUGACGUUUCCACAUCUGUAAAUAUUUUUCAUCAAGAAUUUAACUUUCUAAUAACCAUAUGCUGUGACGCUUUAACAACUGCGAACUGUUUAUCAAGAAUUGGGCAUUCAAAUAAUUAAAUUGCUGUAACUCUUUGAUAACUAUGAACUAUGUAUCUAGAAUUUGAAGUCCGAAUAUCUAUAUUGAUGUGAAUCUUCAAAAUCUGUAAAUUAUUUUUCAAGAGUUUGGCAAUCAAGGAAAUAUAUUGCUGUUACCUGUCGACAACUGUAAACAGUUUCUCAAGAAUUGAAUAUUCAAAUAACUAUAUUACUGGGUGACGCUUUAACAACUGAAAACUGUUCAUCAAGAAUUUGACAUUCGAAUAAUCAUAUUACUGUAACUCCUCAACAUCGGCAAUUUAUUUAUCAAGAAUGUGACAUUCAAAUAACUAAUUUGCUGUGACACAUUAAAAACUGCAAACUGAUGAUCAAGACUUUGACAUUUGAAUAAUUAUAUUACUGUGACUUUUCAAUAUCUGAAAAUUGUUAAUCAAAAAUUUGAUAUUUAA